AUGUUGUGUUCAGAAAUAAAGAUAAUGAAGCGUUUAAAACAUCCUCAUAUAGUGAGAUUGCUAGAUGUAUUUUAAACAAAGAAUAAUACAUAUAUAAUAACUGAAUAUUGCAAUUAAGGCGAUUUACGCCAAUUUUUGAAAAAGUGUAAAUCUUUUUCAGAAUAAAAAUGUAUAUAAAUUAUUUCUUAAAUAAUAAGUGGAUUGUAAGAAUUAUCAAAACAUGAUAUUAUACAUAGGGAUUUAAAGCCGGCUAAUAUUUUAAUUCACAAUGAUAUUUUUAAAAUCACUGAUUUUGGGUUUGCUAAAAAAUUGCUUUCUCUUGAGGACUAAUUAAUGAAUUCUUUAGUAGGAACCCCUCUUUAUAUGGCUCCUUAAAUUCUUAAUAAGAUUUAAUAUACUUCUAAGUGUGAUGUUUGGAGUACUGCUUUAAUUUUAUAUGAACUAUUAUACGGAAGAACACCUUGGCCGGCUAUGAAUGUAGUAGAUUUAGUCUAAAAAUUGAAUAAUAUUCCUUUAGUAUUCCCUUAAAAGGAUUCUUAAGUAUCUACAGUUUUAAUAAAUUUUAUGACGAAAUGUUUAUAAUUUAAAGAAAAUGAACGACUAAGUAUAAGUGAAAUCAAAAUUAAACUAAGAAAACUCCUUCUCCACAAAAGAAACUUCUUCCAUAAAAUAACAGUUAUAAGAAUUCAUGCAGUACAGAUUAUUCUCCAAAAUUAUCACAAAAUCCUAAAAAAACCAAAUAAAAAAUUUAAUAAAACAAAAAAUAGAGUUCUCCUAUUCCAAAAAAGCAAAUUGAAAACUACGAAAAUCGUUCAAAAUCAGUAUAUUAAGUAGAAAAUAAUAAAUAAUUAUAAGAAAAUUCAAGCGAUUUUUCCCUUAAAUAAAGACCUUCAAAUUAUACGCCUAAAAAGCAAUACUUUUCCAGUAUAAAAAAUAAUUAAAGUAACUUAAAUAAUAAUAAUCUUAUUAAAACUCCUUCUCUUUUAAAUAAAUAAACGAAUUUAAAUGCACUUAAUAAAACAGAUUUUUUUACCGAAAAAAAAUUCCAACAAAGUAAUUUAUAAGUAUUAUCUGGAUUCAAAAUCGAGUCUAUGUCAAAUAAUAAUUCGUAAAAUAAUAAUUCAUAUUCAAAUUAAAAUAUAAUAUAGAAUAAAUAUUAUAGUACUCAUAAUAUUUUAAAAAUAAAUUUAUUAAUGA